CAAUUGAUAUAACCAUGUCUAAUGAUAAUAUGGAACCCUCGAACAUGAACAUAGAUACAGUGCCACAGUGGCUUCAAGCAAUGUUGAAACUACAACAACAACAAAUAGCUGAUAUGCAUGCAACUCAACAACAUCAAUAUGAAGAGAUUCAACAAUUAUCACAACAAGAAACUCACACAAUUCCAACAUCUACAGAAUUGAAUACAAAAGCACUGAAAGAACACUUAGAUGCUCCUGUAUAUUUCAAUGCUUUCAAUCUCACUCUCUACUCAUCAUGGAGGAUGGAAAUGCUCACAAAACUGAGUAUAGAUGAAGAUUUCAUCAGUUCAUUAAUCAAUCAAGAUUGA